AUGAAGAGUUCAAUUCUAAUCAGAUUGAAAGAUGCCUCAUUUCAUUCAGGUCUUCUGAGAAAAGAUCAUUCUUUUAUAUUUAGUAAACCUGUUGACUUCUUUCAGAUAUCAAGACCGAAAAAAGAGGCUACUUAUUGGGGAAUUGUGGGUCCCAAGAAAUCGGUAUUCUUAGACAUACUUGCCUCCAAGUUUGUUUCGGAACCAAAUUUAUCCCGAGUCUAUCCAGCAAUCACUGACACUAGUACAGAAAUUCAGUACUUAAAUUUCAGAGAGAAUUCUGGACUCGAUCAAGUUCAUUUGUCCGCCAGAUAUGAGUCAUAUUCUUACAAAGGUGUACUUGAGAUGUCUGAUGAUGUCAACUCGGUAAAAAAUUACGUGACAGGGGCCAAUAACUACAACAGCAAUCAUACUAAAUCUGUCGAUAAUGAACUACUUCAAACAGUGAUGUCAUUGUUUCUGUUGGAAGCAUUGAAGGAUAAAUGGAUCAACAGUUUAAGUAACGGCCAAAUGCGAAGAGCUCGAAUCGCUAAAACAUUGAUGAAGAAGCCAAAGCUACUCAUCAUUGAUGAUCCUUUUCUUGGAUUAGAUCCGAGUGCAACCAAUUCAGUUUCAGAUUCAUUGAGUAAGAUAGCUGCCGAACUCAACAUUGGACUCGUCGUUGGAUUGAGGAUUCAAGAUCAGAUUCCAUCAUGGAUCACUCAUAUUGGUCUUGUUGAUGAGCUGGGACUUAGACUAUCAGGUAAAAAGGAUACUGUUGUCGAGGAUUUGAAGAAAAUUUUUAAAACGAGUUUAACCAUUCACAGGCAUCAUGAACUCUCACAUUUGAAGUUAGAGCCCAAAACCGUCUCCACAUUAGAGGUCGCCGAUCCAAUAAUUGAAUUCGAGAAUGCUUCAGUAAUCUACAGAGGACAGCCAAUAUUAAGGGCCUUCGACUGGAAAGUUCAACGUGGUUCGAAAUGGCGAAUUUUGGGAGACAAUGGAUCUGGAAAGACAACGCUUCUAUCUCUUAUUACUGCGGACCACCCGCAAUCUUGGAGAUCAGUGAUAAGGAUAAAUGGAAUAUUACGCAAAACGGGUAGUGGGGUUAAUUAUUUCGACAUCAAUGAUAGUAUUGGGAUAUCUUCACCUGAAGUCCAUGCCUUGGUACCGCGCUCAAUGACUACUGGUCAGGUUAUUAUGAAUGGCUUAGUUCCUGGAAUCGGUAACUCUAAUUUUAAGUUCAAGUAUAGACUUGAACGGGAGAACAUCAGCGCUUUCGCAAAGAAUGUUCUUGAUUUGUUCUAUGCCGAAACAGAUCCGAUUUGGGACGUAGCAUUCCAGCAAUUAACUGUCUCACAACAGAAACUUGCGUUAUUCCUUAGAGCUGUCUUGAAAAAUCCCGAAGUGUUGAUACUCGAUGAAGCGUUUUCUUGUAUGGACGAUGAAGUCUUAAUGAUGAAGUGUCAUGCGUUUAUAUCACUGCAGUUGACUGAUACAACAGUUUUGGCUAUCGGACACAUUGAUUGGGAGCUUCCUACUACAGACUACACACUACAUCUCAAAGGAGAUGCAGAUCGGAGCUAUUCUAUAUACUUGAACAAUCAAUUGUGA